AUGACGACGGUUACAGAGAUGGGGACAACGAAAAUAACUCCAGAAGUCUUGAAACAGCUCCUUCAAUUGUAUAACCUGUCUCGUCAGGAAUUUAUUGAUACUUAUAAUAUACAGCCUCUCGUGUAUGUACCCGAGCUGCCGACCAGCGCGAAAACCACAUUUGUUAUUAUGUAUGCAGUCAUUUUUGUUCUUGCACUCGUUGGAAACAGUUUGGUGGUUUAUAUUGUCGUGAAAAAACGAGCGAUGCAGACUGCUACCAAUAUAUUCAUAUGCUCGCUAGCAGUGAGCGAUCUCCUCAUCACCUUUUUCUGCAUACCCGUCACCUUGUUGCAGAACAUUUCCUCUGAGUGGCUUGGAGGUGUCCUGAUUUGCAAGACUGUCCCAUUUGUGCAGACAAUAGCCAUUGUGACUGGUAUCCUCACGAUGACUUGCAUAGCUGUGGAGAGAUACCAGGGCAUCGUCUAUCCACUGAAAAUGAGGAGGCACUACACGUCACUGAGAGCGUAUAAAAUUCUAGGAGUCGUUUGGAUUACAGCAGUUAUCGUUGGUUCCCCCAUGUUGUUUGUGCAGCAACUGGAGGUGAAAUACGACUUCCUGUAUGAGCACCACCACGUUUGUUGCCAGGAGCACUGGAAAUCCAUGACCCAACGGCAGGUCUACACCACCUGCAUCCUGAUGGCUCUGUUCCUCUUGCCCCUAGCCGUCAUGCUCAUCCUCUACACUAGGAUUGCGCUGAAGCUGUGGAUCCACAAGCGGGUCGGUGACUCCUCUGUGUUAAGCACCAUGAACCACAGUGAAGUUAACAAAAUAUCAAGGAAGAAGAAGCGUGCUGUCAAAAUGAUGAUCACCGUUGUGCUGCUUUUCACAGUGUGCUGGGCCCCUUUCCACGUUGUCCAAAUGCUGUGUGAGUUCAAUGACCUGGAGAAGAAAUACGACGAGGUCACCGUCAACAUGAUUAUUGCAAUUGUGCAAGCCAUUGGAUUUUUCAACUCUUUCAACAACCCCAUCGUGUACGCCUUCAUGAACGAGAACUUCCAGAAGAACUGCAUGUCUACACUAUGCGGCUGUCUCAAAAAACCAAUCCAGUGCCCGGUUCCAACGGAGAGGCCCAAACUGACUGUGCACUUCACAAAACCUAAAGAGGAGGCCUUCCUUGUGGACACGCACAUGGUGCACAGUUCUGGGGAUGGUCCAUCGGGAACAUCGCACCGGAAGACAUUCACAGCUUUCAUUGAAGAGAAAACAUCUACUGAAAAUUCACAGCUACCAUCUAGCAGCUACUCACAGUGA